ACCCCUUAUAUAUUACUACCUCAUCCACCACCAAAUCUCCCCCCAAACAUUGGUUUUUUCUUGCAUGCUUUCCAUAUAGCUGUCUGUCCCAUCUCUCAUGUUUCUGUAGUUUGCUAUAUACAACAAAGAACAAACAUGAACAGCUUGUCGCUUAGAGUCGCUGGACAAAUGCUAGUUUUAACCUUCCUGAUGGUUUCCCUAGCCACAGACAGCCUUCGGGUGCCCCCUCAUGAUCACCAUGCCAGCAUCCAUGGAAAAGCUACCAAAUUUGGAGAUGAAGGGCAAAUGCACCCCCAGGAAGGAGAAAAGGAAGAGCUAGGAAUGGAGCUAUACCCAACAGGGUCGAGCUUGCCUGACUGUUCCCACGCUUGUGGCCCCUGCUUUCCCUGCAAGAGGGUGAUGGUUAGCUUCAAGUGCUCCAUCGCAGAGUCCUGCCCUAUUGUUUAUAGGUGCAUGUGCAAAGGCAAAUACUACCAUGUGCCUUCCAACUGACACUCUAGUAUUGCAAGAUUCAAUUUGUUUAGUGAUGAAGAAAUUGGACAUUAAUUAAUCUCUAGUGUUGAUGCUGGCUUCCAAGUUUGUAAAUAGUGGAAUUGAGGUUUUGCGUAGUUGUAGUUCAUGGGGAUUUAGUUAGUAGAGCUGAGUUUUGUUUUGUAGUCUUUGUAGCAUUGAGCUUGUUUCUAGGCAGUCGAAUCUGGAAUUCUGAGUGUGUUUUAGCAAAUUCUACUUUC